CAGAUCCAACCGGGAAAUUCUCCGCCGGCGACCCUUUUUGUGUUCUUUCAUUAAACGACCACAUGCUCAUCAGGCAGUUCAUCUAGUUAAGGUUUAGUUUUGAUGUAAAGUGAGAGUUGUGGGGGAGCUGAUUGACGAAGAACGGGAUGAUAGAGUGCAGCGUCUGUCAUUCCAAGCUGCUUUCCCCAACUACAAAGACAGUGUCAAGGGCUUAUGACGAACACAGGAGCAAGAUAUCGUCGAAGCAACGGGCCCUCAAUGUUCUAUUGGUUGUCGGGGAUUGUAUUUUAGUUGGGUUACAGCCUAUUUUGGUUUUUAUGUCCAAGGUGGAUGGGAAUUUUAAAUUUAGCCCCGUUAGUGUUAACUUUCUUACCGAGGGUGCAAAAGUUCUCUUUGCAGUUGUUAUGCUUUUGAUCCAGGCUAGGCGCCAGAAAGUUGGUGAGAAGCCCUUCUCUCAAUUUCGACAUUUGUGCAGGUUACUGGAUGCUAAAGAGAUAUACUUGUUGGAUUGCUGCAAGCCCAAGCUUAACAUAACUAGUGGAAUUCACAUUGGCAGUUUGCUUGUGCCGGCUAUCAGGCAGCCUCUGAUCAGAACCCAUCCUGGUUUUGCAAGCUCGGAUCUGGACCCAUCCUGCCCAAGACCUGAGUUUCUUCACACAGCUGCUCGCAGUAAUGUGCUACUUGCAGUUCCAGCGUUUCUCUAUGCAAUCAAUAACUAUCUAAAGUUUGUCAUGCAGCUGUAUUUCAAUCCUGCGACUGUGAAGAUGCUUAGCAAUCUGAAGGUUUUGGUUAUUGCUGUUCUUUUGAAAGUAAUAAUGAGGCGUAGAUUUUCCAUCAUUCAGUGGGAGGCUCUUGCUUUGUUGCUUAUUGGAAUUAGCAUAAAUCAGAUGCGUUCCCUGCCUGAGGGUACUACUGCUUUGGGACUUCCUGUAGCAACGGGUGCAUACAUCUACACUUUGGUCUUUGUUACUGUUCCAUCUUUGGCCUCAGUUUACAAUGAAUAUGCUCUGAAGAGUCAAUAUGAUACAAGCAUUUACCUUCAGAACUUGUUUUUAUAUGGAUAUGGUGCUAUAUUCAACUUUCUAGCGAUUCUUGGAAUUGCCAUUUUCAAAGGUAUUGACAUGAAUCUCUUUGUCCAAUCCUACCAAUUGAGCUUUAUCAUCGGAGCAGAUCUACUUGCUGGCACUAGUGCUUUUCAGUCAAUUAGAGGGCUGCAGACCAUUGUAAGCACUGGCAUACAAGCUGUAGUGUCAAAAUUGACGUUGGCAGUCAACAAAGGGCUUUUAGGGGCUGCUUAUGGUUUGUUUCUGUGGUUAAAAGAUGAUAGGAAUUUAGGGAUUUAA